AUGGAAUACGAUUCCGAAGACAACCUCUACGACAACGAAGUAGAUGAGGAGGAUGUCAAAGACAACUUUCAGGACUGGGGCAUUCUCUCCUCCAAGCUCUCCUCCUCUAGUUCAUCAGCAAAUGCUGCAUCCAAUCUCUUUAAAAAGGGCAACAAAGACUUUGAGCCUGAUGGAACCAACUACCAACAAAAGCUAUUGAACAAUUCAAAGCACAGAAUGUACGAGAUCCUAAGAAACUCAGAUGAAAAAUUCAGAGGCCAUUUCCACAAGAACCAUUUGGAAUGUUUAUACUACCAUGACAUCAACAAGGCUGUCAUAAACAAACCGAAGGGCAACUAUUUCAAAGACAUUGGCACGGUCAACCGUUACAACUCAGACAACCAGUUGUACUUGAAUUGGGAAGAGCUAUUGUAUUUGAUGGAAAGAGGGAACUUAGAGGUAUUUAAUUCUACAAAUGGUGUGCCCAUAUCUGUGCAAAACUGUUACUCAAAUUGCAUUAAAUCAAACCAUGAUUUGGAUAAAUACUUGGUUUACUCAACACUAAAAAGACAUGGCUAUUUGAUUCAAAGACAUAACGAGAACCAGGAUAAUUCGGAUGACCAUAAUGACUAUACCCAUCGACAGAAUCUGCAGAACUUUGUGUUCAAUGGUCAAGAUGAUGAGAAAAGUGUCAUAAGCACAGAUGUCUUGAUAAACAAUGAUAACUUUUUUGUUAGAAACUACUGGAGUAUUAUCAAGCUGGUCAACAAUAACUCAACCUUAAAGCUUUUCAAAAACAGUAUAAUUCUCUAUUUACGGAAAAAAAGUUUAUUAUCCUAUCCAGUUUUUGCUUCAACUAAACAUUUUAGCUCUAAACAUUAUAAAUCCUAUUUGGAUAUUUACAAUUCAUUACAACUAAUUAAAUAUCAUAAUCCCUACAAAAGAGGUAUAUCAUUUACCAAUUACAAUAGCAAUAGCAAUAGUAAUAAUAAUAAUAAUAAUAAUAAAUUUAAAAUAAUAUAUAAUAUAUGGAAACCACAAGUAAAUUUUAAAAAAAGUAAUCCUCCAAAACCUGACUAUAAAAUAAUUAUUUUGAAUUCAAAUCUAGGCAAUUUUCCAACUUUGAAUGAUUUGAUAAAUAUUUUUAAUAAAAAUGACACUAAUAAUGAUAAUGAUUAUGAUUAUGAUAAUGAAAAAGAAAAAGAAAAUUAUAAUAAUGAGAUUGCUAAUAGUCUGAAAAAUAAAAAAGACAAUGUAAAUAGUAAACUGAAUAAAACUGGAAAAGACGAUAAAAAAAAUAACAGAAACAACAAAAAUAAAAACAGUAGCAAUAGCAAUAAUAACAGUAAUAUUAAUAAUAACAACAACAAUAAUAAAACUUAUUCUGCAAAUCAAUUAAAGCAAAUGAAACAAAAGAGAUUAAUGAAAUCUCUCAGAGAUGGGUAUGAUAAUACUCUCUUAGUUGCUGUUGUUGAUAACGGUAUUAUAAGUUUCAUUAAAUUGAACGAAGGCAUUAUUUCAACGAAAAUAUUAGAUAUGAAGUAA